UGCAAUCAGCCCGGAAGGGAAGAGCGCCGCGGCCGCCGCGCCAUCCGCCUGGAGGUCGCCGGGAGCCCCCGCCUGUACCUUCCUCGGAAAUCGCCGCGCCACCCUCGCCGCCCGGGUCCUCUCCCAGCCGGGCCUUGCAGCCCUGGACACAAAGGACGGCGAGCUGCCGGGACGGUCCCGGAGGGCGGGCUCUCGGACGGCGCCCUCUGCCACCUCUGCCUCUUAUUUCCACGCGGACUAGGAGGCGGCGCCGCGGAAACCGCUCGGACGCUGCUUCUCGGCGAGGAAAAUUCAGGUCCUCUGACCUCCCGGGGGCACGCGCCGCGCGAGGGCCUGGGUGCUUGCUGAGCGUGCACCCAGGCACGUAUCUGUGUGCGUAGAAAAACCCAGGAAGGCUGAGCAGCGGCAUCUCCACCGGGUCAUCUUUGCUUGCUGAGAUAACAGGGAUAUCAAGCAUAUGUACUUGCUGCUCUCUGCUUCUAAAUACACUCAGAACAAGAGAAAUUGGAACUAAUUUUUAGACUGUGCAUACUUUCUGAACAUGAUGCAUUUCAAAAGUGGGCUCGAGUUAACUGAAUUGCAAAACAUGACAGUGCCUGAGGACGAUAACGUGAGCAACGACUCAAACGAUUUCACUGAGGUGGAAAACGGGCAGAUAAAUAGCAAAUUUAUUUCUGAUCGUGAAAGUAGGAGAAGUCUCACAAACAGCCAUUUGGAGAAGAAGAAAUGUGAUGAAUAUAUUCCGGGAACGACCUCGCUGGGCAUGUCUGUCUUUAACCUGAGCAACGCCAUCAUGGGCAGCGGGAUCUUGGGGCUCGCCUUUGCCCUGGCAAACACUGGAAUCCUCCUUUUUCUGAUACUUUUGACUUCAGUGACAUUGCUGUCUAUAUAUUCAAUAAACCUGCUGUUGAUCUGCUCUAAGGAAACAGGCUGCAUGGUGUACGAAAAGCUGGGCGAGCAGGUCUUCGGUACCACGGGGAAGCUGGUCAUCUUCGGAGCCACUGCUCUGCAGAACAUCGGAGCAAUGCUGAGCUACCUCUUCAUCGUAAGGAAUGAGCUGCCCGCUGCCAUAAAGUUUCUAAUGGGAGAGGAAGAGAAAUUUUCGGCCUGGUACGUGGAUGGCCGGCUUCUGGUGGUGAUGGUGACCUUCGGCAUAAUUCUCCCUCUGUGUCUCUUGAAGAAUUUAGGGUAUCUUGGCUACACUAGUGGAUUCUCCUUGAGCUGCAUGGUUUUCUUCCUAAUUGUGGUUAUCUACAAGAAAUUUCAGCUUCCCUGCCCUCUUCCACAGCUAAAUUCGACAAUAAGUGCUAAUUCAACAAGUAUGUGUACACCGAAGUAUGUCACCUUCAAUUCAAAGACCGUGUAUGCGUUGCCGACCAUCGCCUUCGCCUUCGUGUGCCACCCGUCAGUCCUGCCCAUCUACAGCGAGCUGAAGGAUCGAUCCCAGAAAAAAAUGCAGAUGGUUUCAAAUAUCUCCUUUUUUGCCAUGUUUGUUAUGUACUUCCUGACUGCCAUUUUUGGCUACCUGACAUUCUAUGAAAGUGUGCAGUCAGACCUCCUUCACAAGUACCAGAGCAAAGAUGAUAUUCUCAUCCUGACGGUGCGGCUGGCUGUCAUUGUCGCUGUCAUCCUCACAGUGCCAGUGUUAUUUUUCACGGUUCGUUCUUCGCUGUUUGAACUGGCGAAAAAGACCAAGUUCAACUUGUGUCGCCACGUCCUGGUUACCAUCACGCUCCUGGUUGUUCUCAACUUGCUGGUGAUCUUCAUCCCGUCCAUGAAGGACAUUUUCGGGGUUGUAGGAGUGACGUCUGCUAAUAUGCUCAUUUUCAUUCUUCCAUCGUCUCUUUAUCUAAAGAUCACAAACCAGGAUGGAGAUAAAGGGACUCAGAGAGUUUGGGCUGCCCUGUUCUUGGGUCUGGGGGUGUUGUUCUCCUUGAUCAGCAUUCCAUUGGUCAUCUAUGACUGGGCCUGCUCAGCCAGCGGAAAGGGAUGCAACUGAGACGAGCCGAGGAGAGAAAGCCUUCUGUCUGGUCCGCUGUUCAUCCAGUCACCACACAUCAGCAAGCCCUCACCAGUUGUUUUCAAAGCUUACAGAAGCCAGCGGAAAUGUGCAAGAUACUUAAAAUAGAAUUACACUUUGGGCUCAGAACAGAAACCUCUAUAUAGUGACCCAUGGCCCUCUGAGACUUGGGGUCUGAGGGUUGUGGACCCCCCCACCUCCCAGAUUUCAUAGAAUCACUUUUUUAGUCCUUUUCACAAGCAAUUAUGUUCAUUCUCCUAACUGUGUUUGGCGGCUUCCUGAUCUUUUAGAACUUUAUAAACAUGAUCAUGUUUAUUUUACAUCCAGAUCCUGAAAUAAUUUCCUACUGAUGUUCAGCUCAAGUAUCUAUACCUUUUUAGAAGAGAGAAUCUUGAAUUGUAUAUAUUUAUUUUGCUUUACAGGAAAAAAUGGUUUCGUAAAUAAUUUGCCUAUUUUGGUUAACACAGCACACAGGGACGAGAGCCAGAGGCACGUGCUGCAGCUGGGCCCGGCAGGCCCAGUCUCUGAGGCAUCUCUGACCCAGGCUGUCCAUGGUGCCAUAGCCUGCUCCUGAUAGGACCUGCGUGUGGGCAUCCUCCCUGGGCAUGGGCGGGCCUGCUGCGCUGGUAAUUGUCUGAAACUGCACUUUCGGACAGUCUAGCAAGUGCAGCUUCGUUUCCCAAUUGGCAUCAGCCUGUGUCACAGUCUCCUACAGGGGGAGACCUAGGGCGCCUGCCGGAAAAAGGUCCCAAAUUGGUGAGGGAACAUCCUCAGACUCUGAUGGUCUGCAGCCUUACAUCUGCCAUUUAGAAGAGGGAAAAUGCGUAGUGAGUGAG